GUUUAUCACUCUCACAGCACGUCCAAAGAAAAGGGUCUUGCCACUGUUGGCCAUUUGGGGGUAUAUGGAAGCGAUUGCAGUGGGGGACGUUCGUAGAAAAACAAAGUAGAGAAGCGACCGCCCCGUGUUCGUCCAGCUGGUCCAAACCUAAACUUUGGAUGGAUACGCAGCCUACUUCCUGGAGACGACGCAAGCAGUAGCUGGAAGAUGGAAGGCGCAACCCAAACGACGACAGUGGCAGAGCCAAGUUCACCCAGCCCUGUCUCUCACACUCCCACAACAACAGCAGACCCGUUGGUCCAAGUAACGUUUCAGAAGGACCCGAACAGAAAGCACAAAUUUUUGGAGUCAGAACCCAAAGCGCUGGGGUGCACUCAGAUUGUACUUGGUUGUUUCCUGAUCAACUACGGUAUCCUCGACCAACAAGGCAUCGAACGAUGGGAAGGUCCGUUAGUAGUGCACAUACUAAGUGGAAUCUUUGCGAUUAUGGCUGGAAGUAUGGCUAUUGCAGCACAGCAACUUACACUUCCCUACUUGAAAUCCUGUUUGGGAAUGCAGGUGAUUGCCUGUGUAAUCUGUGGGAUCACCUUCUUUUUGGUCAUGGUUGGCAGUGAGGUCAUACAUUUUGGCUCCUGCUAUCAUGAGUUUGACGGCUGCUUAAUGUUGAGGGAUGCUGAGCUCCAUCUCAUCAUGGAGGACGCGGUGGUCCUGAUCACCCUCAUCUGCAUCUCUGCCACGCUGGCUGCCUACUGCUGCAAAGUGGUGCAGUGCUGCUCACCGGUGGGCCACGUGCCUGUGAUCACAGUGCAUGUUCCUGCGGACCAGCAAUGACAAACAGAAUCAAGAGAGAAGCAGAAGGGCCAUCAUGUGUAUGCCGAUUUGUAACCAUGAAAUAUAUUGAUUUUGCCUAUUCAGUGUUUUGAAAUAUAGUGUGUGUGUGUGUGUGUGUGUGUGUGUAUGUGUGUGUAAAAUUAUCUGCUACUGCAUAUAAUUGUACAAUUGUCUAUUUUUCAUAUAUUUGAAAUGCUUACACGUCAUCACAAGUAUAACGUUGUAGGCCUACUUAGUGCACAUUCAAUACACUGUAUAUUUUUUUAACUGUUGUCAUAAAUACACUGAUAGUAUAUGGAGCACCAAAAACAAUUCAAUCAUACAGUAAUUCCGUGAAAUCAGCCUGUCCAGUUGGGAAGCCAAAGGUUGACAGUUAUACUGUUGGUGGUGUGUCCACAGACCAUUGGCAAGAGUAGCCAAAUGGACUCACAUAAGACUGAUUUGGUGUAAUAGCAUGCAUGAUUUUUUUAUAUAACCUUUUCCAAACAAAU